AUUUCCGGGUCAGGGGUCACAGCCCGGACGGUCAUGUGAUCGGAAGAUGGCUGCCGGGCCGGGGGGCCUGUGAGGGAAGUGACGGUUCCUGGUUCGAGCGCCAGCCUAGGGGAAGCGGGACGGGGCGGCUCGGCUCGGCUCGGCUGGCGCUAGCGCCUGGCGUGGAGGAGGCCCCGGGCCGGGGGAGCAGCCCGCCCUCCGUGCCUGCAAGGAGAGCCCGAGCUGGCGGGGCAAGAGCCGGCCCCUGCCCGUGUCCGGACUCGGGGAGAGAACCGGCCCUGGGCGGGAGGCCGCCAGCGUGAGCGAGGAGCUGGCUGGGGGGGCCCGCCCCCGGCAUCCCGGGGCGUGGGGGACCCGGUCCUUUGGGCUCGUGACUGAGAACCUGGGGUGGGGGGAGAGGCUGAGACUGAGCCCCCAGGACUGCGGGAAUUAGGGGUACCUGGAAAACGGCGUGAAGCUGAUCUCUAGGGGUGCUGAGUGCGUGGCUGGGGCUGAGGAAUAGCUGAUCCCGGGGACUGAGAACCAAAAGAGAUGGGGAACUAGCUUGCCAGGCACCUUGGAUGAGGAGGGCUGACUCCCUCCCCUCCCGCUACACCCCCCAGAGACCUUGAGGUGGGAGGCCCUUAGCCCUGGACAGGGGUUGGGAAAGGAGGCAGUUCCUUCAGUGGCAGAAGGGAUCCUUCUCUUGAUGGGCUCUGGUUGACCUUUUCAUUUUUUGGGUUGGGGGAAGGGUUCCCUUUUCCAUGUCCUUUCAUUCCACCUAUAAAUAUGAUCAGCGCCCCUGAUGUGGUGGCUUUUACCAAAGAGGAAGAGUUUGAAGAGGAGGCAUACAAUGAACCAUCCCUGCCCGAGGAGUACUCUGUGCCACUUUUCCCCUUUGCUAACCAUGGUGCCAACCCCUGGUCCAAGUUUUCAGGCUCCAAAUUCACCAAGGACUUCAUUCUCAUCUCUGAGUUCUCAGAGCAAGUGGGCCCGCAGCCUUUGUUGACCAUCCCGGAUGAUGCCAAAGUUUCUGGCACUUUUGAUCUGAACUAUUUUUCCCUCCGGAUCAUGUCUGUGGAUUAUCAAGCCUCCUUUGUGGGGCACCCUCCUGGAUGCUCCUACCCAAAGCUAAACUUUGUGGAGGAUUCCAAAGUGGUGUUGGGAGAUUCCAAGGAAGGGGCUUUUGCUUAUGUGCACCAUUUAACUCUUUAUGACCUUGAAGCUCGAGGCUUUGUGAGGCCUUUCUGCAUGGCGUACAUUUCUACUGACGAGCACAAAAUCAUGCAUCAGUUUCAGGAGCUCUCUACGGAGUUCUCCAAAGCAUCAGAGUGCUUAAAGACUGGUAACAGGAAAGCUUUUGCCAAUGAACUUGAAAAGAAACUGAAAGACCUUGAUUACACCAGGACUGUGCUGCACAAUGAAACAGAGAUACAGAAGAAAGCCAAUGACAAAGGAUUUUAUACAACCCAAGCCAUUGAGAAAGCUAAUGAACUGGCAAGUGUUGAAAAGUCCAUUAUUGAGCAUCAAGACCUGUUAAAGCAAAUCAGGUCAUAUCCUUAUAGAAAACUGAAGAAUUCUGAUUUCCAUCCAUAUGAGCCAGAGUGUGAACUGGAUCAAGCUAACGCAAGCUUUGAUCAAGACUCUACUACCGCUAACCCUGAUGAGCCUGGUGAAACACAUCUUUAUGCACGGAUGCCAUCUUAUACCCCUAAACUCAUCAAAGCAAAAUCUGCCAAAUGUUUUGACAAGAAGCUGAAAACCUUGGAGGAACUCUGUGAUGUUUAUUUUUUCACCCAAACUCUUGAUCAGUUAAAUCAAAUAGAGAAAACAUUUAGAGGUGAUGUGUGCUACCUUUUGACAAAUCAGAUCUGUAAAGAACUUUUAAAGCAGCAAAGUAUAACUAACUUUCUUUUUGAAGAUAAGUCUGUUUUAGAUGAAAAACCAGCUGAAAAACAGUACAGUGGUUGCCAGGGAUCUAAUCAAGACACUGUCAACACCAAGUGUUUGGAAGAAUCUCCAAUUCCUAAAGUGUUAAUCAGCUUGGAAUCUUACAAAUCUAGUGUGGAGUCUGUACCUAUCAAGAUGGAGCAGGAGACUGAAGAUUCCCAAGAACCAGGAGUGACUGAACCUAUUGGUUUUGACCAGGAGAAUUUGGAAUACCUUGAUGCAGACAUUAAAGGGAGUAUUAGUAGCGGUGAAAGCAUUGAGGUUUUGGGAACAGAAAAGUCUGCUGCUAUUCUGACAAAAUCUGAGAGCCAGGCAAGUUUGCCUAUCCACCCAAGUCCACAAGUGGUCAGGAGCAAGGCAGUCGGCAGAAGGACCAUCAGUGAGGACAGCAUUGAAGUCCUCAGCUUGUGUCCUUCGGAAUCUUUGAUCCCUGAAGAUUUUAAAGCAAGCUACCCAAGUGCCAUUAAUGAAGAAUCUUAUGCAGAUGAUGAAGGCCGAGGUAUUCACGUCAGCCCAAGUUUAAAUCCGUCUAACGUUGAAGAGAUGGAAGGCAAUUCUGAACAGGAGAAAUUAUUGCCAGUUGAUUCUGCCUGUUGUAUUGGGAAAGAGUCUCCAAACUUUUUAGAGCCUCUACCUGACCUCGCACAUAAACAUUUUGAUGAUGAUGGUGUGGUCAGUAUUCCACCACAGCCAUUUCGGCAGGUGGAUCAGGGAUUUCAUGUGAACUUCACAGACUGUUCUUCACAUGAUGACGUCUCAGGAGGACUCCUUUCAUAUGAACUUGAUACGCAUUACUUAAGCAGUAAAGAGGCCAGUAGAAUUAGCCUGGAUGACUACUCAGACUCCACAAGCUAUGUGAGCAGUGCAGCAUCUACGUGUUCUGAUAAGGCUCCUUCUCCUGCUCAUCCUCUCAGUCACUUUAAUGAAAGGCACAAAAAAAAAGCUGGCCAGAAUGCCUUGAAGUUCAUUAGGCAAUAUCCCUUUGCUCACCCUGCAAUAUAUUCUCUGCUCAGUGGAAGGACACUAAUAGUGCUGGGGGAAGAUGAAGCAAUGGUAAAGAAACUUGUGACUGCUCUCUCCAUCUUUGUUCCUAAUUGUGGGGUGUAUGCCAAGCCUGUGAAACACUGGGUCACUUCCCCUUUGAAUAUCAUGGAUUUUCAGAAGUGGAAGCUGAUCGGACUGCAGAGAGUGGUUUCCCCUGCUGGUGUUAAUAUGCUGCACUCCUUGAGUCGAUACAGCCGGUACAUCAGCAUUCUGGAUGCAGACAGUAAGACUCUACGCUGCCCCCUUUAUAAAGGAACCCUGGUGCCCAUGCUUGCUGAUCACCGCACUCAGAUCAAACGAGGCAGCACCUACUAUAUGCAUGUCCAAAGUAUUCUAACUCAGCUGUGUUCUAAGGCCUUCCUGUAUGCCUUCUGCCAUCACUUGCACCUUCCCAUCAACGAGACAGAAACAGAGGAAUCCAUUGUGUCUCGCAGGAUGAACUUUCUGAAACUUCAUCUGGGACUUGUGAAUGAAGAUGUCAGAGUGGUACAGUACCUAGCAGAGCUGCUGAAAUUGCAGUUCAUUCAGGAACCUGUCAGGGGUAUUAACCCUGUGCUCAGAUUUGACUACGUUCCCAGCUUUUUGUACAAAAUUUAGUAUCAUCUGGGCUGCCCUUCUAUGGCCUCUGAUUUUGAUGAAGAUCAUCUGUGCUUGACUUGGCUAUUUACAAAUAACUGAUAUAUCGGGAAGAAUGCAAAGCAGUCAACAUAUUUGCAAGCAAGAGUCUGCUGUGUAGAAAACAUUGUGUCUGAAGGAACCUGAUUUCUGUGUGACUCCCAGCAGCUGAGAACUGGAUGUGUUGUACCCCAGCAAAGAAACGAGAUCUAAAAAUAUUGGCCACUCCAUCUUUAAAUGUUAAAGGGACACUGUCAACUUUUAAAAACCUUACUAAGAACACCAUUCCUUUCAUGUUCAUGACGCAGUGAGGGUGGGAGAAGUCGGCUAUCCUUGUGGGGUGACAUCUGACGAGUAGUGUCCAGUCCCCUCAGUGCAUGGUAACUUGUAUAUUCAAGGUAAAACUUUGCGUUUUCCUGGCGACAUCAGCGUUGCUAGUGCAUAGACAGAAGUAAAGUAUGAGCCCUGGGGGUUUUGACUGUUUUAUAUAUACAGCAAAAUACAUUUGCCCAAGUGUGGGGGUGAUAUUGAUCUCUAUAUAUUAAAGCUUCCAAGCAUGAUGGAGGCUAAAAAUUACCUGCCCACAUGAAAUAAUUCACAGUGCCCCUUUGCAUUGUCUGUGCUCGUUAAUGGUUCAUGGAAUUGAUUGUUGCUGAGCCUAUGAGCUAGAGAUUGAAGCAUAUAUUCUUCUGUUGACUUCUCAGCUUUGCUGGAAGACGAAAAGGUGUAAGGAGUCCUUCUGUGUCUUCAGACUGCACGGAGGCUCCCCCUUCAGCGUGAAUGUAGAGCACUGUGCCUUGUUAAUUUGCAGCGUACUCUUUUCUUGAUGACCUGGGGAUGGGGAAGGAGACCUACAAGUCUUUAAAGCUUGCUAAGACUUUGCAGCACUGCUGUGGUGUAACCUUGAAGGAAAUAUGCUAGUUGAAUAGCAAUAAGGGCCCCUGUUGGUUGCUCUCUCAGAGUUUAGAGAACGAAUAGUGCAACUCAUCUGAAGCUGCACGCAAAGGGAGGGAUGGGGACAAGGAGCCUCUUAGGGCAGGCACUCAGGAGAGAUCUGGAAUGAAUGUUUUAUCUUUUGUAGUUUUGUGUCGGGGGCUAGAUUUGCAUUGGAUAGGAAAAUGAGUGUAGGCGUGGCGGCAGCGAGUGCUGCUGCUGGCUCUGUCUCACCACUCCAAGUUUAUUUAUUUUUAACGCCAUGCCUCUGCAACUUCUCUACUACCUCUCCCAUAGCAUCCAUUGGAUCGUUCUGGAUGCCGCAUGGAGUACUGCAUUUCACUGAGCCUAUUUGUUGGAUAUUGAGGACUUUCAAAGCUCCACCCACAUUGCAAACUGUGCCAGAACCUUCAUAUUGCUUUUCUGUUGGGUGCUGAAGGAUUCAUGCUCUGCUUUCUUCAUGCAUCCCUUCCAUUGCCACCCCUUGGCUAGAGAUUACCGCAGUACGUCCAAUGCCAGCCCCCCAAGUUCUUUUACGUGAGAGAAAAGUCUUGGUGGAAAAGAUCCCCUUGGUUUUAUUUCUUUUUAGCACUGUCCUCAUCUGAUUCGGGGGGAACAUAGGUUUUACUAGAGUAGCUGAAGUGUGUGUGUAUGUGUGUGUAUUUUUAAACCUGUCUAAUGUGAUUAUGUGAGACAGUGCUGAAAUUGAAUGUAUAUUUCUCUAAUGUACCAGAGGAAGCUGCAAUGCAGAGUGUUGGGUUUGUUAGUGUAUUUUAGAUUCCAUUGAAACUUGAUGCGAUGGCUGCGCUAUUAUGUAACGUGCAUCCCAAACAAAGAGAGGCUCCUUAGAGACAUAUUGCACUGAAUGUUCCUAGCAUCCAUAGUGCUGUAACGCUGACUCCUCCUCACACACAGAAACGUCUUUGAGACCGCACUGAAGCAGGCCAGGGGGAAGCAAUGGGGAGGGACGACUGUUUUAAGUAUUAGUAUCGCUACUGAUGGCUUACAGUGAGACCAGGUCAAACAGGAAAUAGUGAGUUACCACAGGCUCACUAAAGUUGGAGGUUACUUGUGAUUUUUAGCAUGCAGUCAGGAGCCAGUGCAAAGUAGCCUUUUGCUGAAGGGUUGAGCAGUGUAUGCAUGUGUCACAUCAGCUUUACAUGUGUCUGCACACCACGCUGAAGAAUUGUUUGCACGUUUGAAAAGCGUGUUUAAAGAACUUUUCUUUUUCAGAUUCUAAAUGUGACUGCCUGUAUGCAGCUACUGCAUGUGAACUGGGUCUGCUAAGUGAAAGCUAUUUUUAUGCUUGUAUAAAAACACUGUAAUGUACUAGGUGACUGAAGCCACUGCUUGUUAAAUCAAGGAUGUGUCUUAAUAACCUUAAGCCUAGACAAGAUUCCAAGUAGAAAAAGAACAGCUGGGAUCUUAAGUGAAUAAUGCAGGUAAUAUGAUUGUCGUAACCUCUCUGCCUAUUAAUUGACCGAAUGGAAAUAUAUUCAUCUCAAGACCGCAUCUUUGUACUGAAAAAUAACCUGACGCUAAUCGGGAGUGGGGAGGGUAAGACAUACUGAAGUCCUGGGAGACUUUUGUCUCUCCCUAGCUGACAGCUCAGAGCAAUGGAGCAGGACUGGUGAUGGUUGCAGGAUACAAUAUUAUGGGACUUUCUAGUUACAGCAGCCUUCAUCUGUACUCUGUGUAAUCAGACUCCUAAGGUGGUGAAUGAAGAUUCUCAUUUUUCUCUAUGUGCAAAACUGCAUCGGGGUCUAAUGUUCUGCAAGGUGGGGUUAGCAGCAGUUGGGCUUCCACCAAUCUCACUCCCCUGAGCUACCUACCGCAAUGCAAUUCUUAAUUUCAGAAUCUUCCCCCACUUUGGGGGUGAUCCUGGACCAUUUGACCGGCCCCUUUUGCUCCUGAUUAAGAGAGACCCCUAUGCUACACGCAACUUUUAUUUGUUUUAACGUUGAGCGAGCAGUGCAGGUAAACACACUUCAGGAAACAGAGGCUGUUCCACUGAAAGUAGCUAGGCACAGCUGGAGUGGAUCUUAAACCUGAAUUGGUAGAUCCUUGUUGCUUGAGAUUCCCUUUUUCUUUCAUCCACAGUGAGGGGGAAAGCCUACGGAAACCUGAACUGGCUGACAGUGGUUGGAAAGUUGAUGCAACUCUUAGAAGUUGCCUCUCUUGAUUGAAAGCUUUCAGAGUCUAUGGACUUACCGUAUUGUAAGAAUCCUUGCUUAGGCACUUUAAGACAUUACCUGGUCCUUAACCAUGUUGCCUCAAUACCUUCAGCUAUCAGGAACCAUUCGUUAAUUAGGACCGUAAUACUAACGGUCCCCACUGCUGAUCCUGACAUGCACGUUAGUAACUGGUUUGCGCUGCAAAGGCCAAGGUAAGACACCAGUGCCUGUUGAGAUUCAGCCACACUCUUUAGACCGGGCGUGAUACCAGACCCUGCUGGCUAGUAGCUGCUGCUGUACAUUACUAAAUGAGGUCUCUCCCUCUGAAAACCUGCAGACCCAGUGUCGUAUUGUGUUUCUGUAAGUGCCACCAGCACGCACCCCACGACACGUUGCAUGGCUGGCUGUGGGUCCACUUCCUAUUUUUGUGUUGUCUGUGUCAGGGAGACGUGGUUUGUAAGCCCCACAUGAGAAUUCAUCAGAGCAAAGGUCUCCCGUGGCCUUCCAUGACUAGCCAGGACAGCAGGUUGCAAUUACUGUCCUUUAACUUCCCGUGUUUGGAGAUGUUGGCUUGCACUCUUAAUUACCCUAGCCUCAUGCUUUCAGAUACAACAAUUAGGAUGGUCAGCCAUACGGAGGGAGGUGAUGUUAAUUCUCUACCAGCUCUGUUUCUCCGAGAAUAGUGCUCAGAUUUACCUUAAGCCAGUAGCAAUCAUUUCUAAGCAGCUCAAGAGCUGUUUUGCCUUUCAACUAGAAGAGGGAAGCUCUGCCUGUGCUAUGGCAAUAGUAAUAGAUCACUUUUUAAGGGGUUGGACAUGUGGCUGGGGUUUGAAAGCCUGUAGGACUGACUGAGGACUGUGCAUCGCAUGAUGUUCUCAGUUUUCAUUAGGCAGCGGACUCGGUGUGGUCAGAAAGCCUGAUUGUGCAAGAUACUGAGUGCCCAACUCAUGUUCAGACUCAGUGCCCGGGAGGUUUGGGCCCCAAAUGGAUGGCAGGGAGCUGCUGAACACAUGGGGCUGCUGUUGGGUUACAGCAGUUACAAAAGCCAACCGUCCCAGUGAAAAGCUAGAACAAGUGUUAGAACUGGAAAUUCAGUGAGCUGCAAAGGAGGCUGGUCCUGAAAUAGAGCUCCUGUAGUCCACUGGACCCCGAGUGAUUAGUGCUACGUAAGGGCUUACGUUGGCAUAGCUUCGUCUCAGGGGUGUGAAAAAUUUCUUGGUCGACAGAAGAAUUCUUCCGUCGACCUAGCUACUGCCUCUCAGGGAGGUAGAUUAGCUACAGCAAUGGGAGAACCCCUCUCAUUUGAGUAGUGUCUACACUGAAUCACUAUAGCUUUGCCACUGUAGUGUCUUUAAGUGUAGACGUAGCUUUAGCCAGCCAGCGACAGAGAAAAGACUGGACUGCCAAGACGUUUUAAAGUGAGAGCCUAGAACCUGCUACCAUAGCUUGAGAAAUCAUAAACCUACUACAUACUGGUUGCUGAGAGAUGCAUUUUAACUGGAAGGCAGAAGCACAGGGUAUCUGGCCUCUGGGCAGGGUAGGUCAGUAGAUGAAUGGGGCUGGGCUAAGACCCGCCUUUGAGAGCGGUGAGUAGGCUGUGAUGAAUUCUCGUCUUAUUUUAAAGCACCAUAUCUUAUUACUGCAUGUCAAGUUCCUUGUCUGUACCUGGGUACAGAGCACCUGCAUCAAUAGCUAGACCGAGUGUCACCUGGAAGAAAUCCAAGCUGCAUAUUGUAAUGUGUGUAGUGAUGUAGGUGUGGCUGCACAAGAGCUUAACCGAUGUUAACACCAAAUGAAUCGUAGGAGAAAUGUACUUUUUAAAAAAAUUAUUUAUUUGGGUUCAGAUAUUUUUGAAAUUCAGAAAAAGUUGGUUGUAUUUUUUAAAGCUUAUUCUUGUCAUACAUUGUGGUUACAUUCUAAUCUGACUGUGCUUAUUAAAAAAUGGUCCUAACGAA